ACGGGCUCGCGACUGAUCGGGUCUCUCUCUCGUCUGUCCGUCAACGUGUUUUCAGUCGACGCCGACGAGAUUAAGCGUCUGGGCAAGCGCUUCAAGAAACUGGACCUGGACAACUCGGGCUCCCUGAGCGUGGAGGAGUUCAUGUCGCUGCCCGAGUUGCAGCAGAACCCCCUGGUGCAGCGCGUCAUCGACAUCUUCGACACCGACGGCAACGGGGAGGUGGACUUCAAAGGUGGGGAGUGUGGGGUGG